AAACCACGGAGUUAGUGGUAAAACAAAUCACAAAUUCACAACCACAGUUGUUACUGUAAGGGAGAGUAAAAGUAAAACCAACAAACUCCUUCUAUGUCAGCAAUCUAACUUUGUUAAUCUUUGCACCCAUUUAAUGCUUUGAACACCGUGCAUCCUAAUAAGUCACACACACUUUGUGCAUUUCCUCCCCCUACAAAACCCUUUCCUUUUCCGCUGCUCUGUUCCACUCUUUUGCCUCUCAGAAAAAGAAAAAAACAACACUUCAAUUCCCAAAUGGAUUUCCCCACAAAACAAGGCCUUUUCUUUUGCUCUGCUCUGCUUUUCUUCACAAUCCUUGCCUCCUUCCCCUCUGUAAUCACAGCUGAGGAUUACACAGCCUUGGUCUACAAGGGUUGUGCUAAUCAAAAAUUCCAAGACUCAAAUGGGAUUUACACCCAAAACCUCAAAUCUCUAUUCAACUCUCUAGUAUCCUCAGCCCAGCAGCAAAAGACCUUCUUCACCACCACCUCUGGUGACUCCACAAAUGCAAUCAUGGGUCUCUAUCAGUGCAGAGGAGACCUCUCCACAGCUGAUUGCGCCACCUGUGUCACAAAGCUUCCAUCUUUAGCCCAAAAAUACUGUGGAAAAGCCAUAGCAGGUAGAGUCCAGCUCAGUGGGUGCUACUUGCGCUAUGAACUUUCUGGGUUUAAGCAGGUUUCAGGGACACAGCUGCUGUACAAGAUUUGCGGGUCGAGUCGGUCUAGUGGGUCUGCUGAGUUUGAACAGAAAAGGGACUCUGCUUUUGACAAAUUGGAAGGUGGGAUCAAGAAUGGUAGUGUGUUGUUCUAUACUGGGAGCUAUGAGUCGGUUUAUGUUUUGGGCCAGUGUGAGGGUGAUUUGAGCAACAGUGAUUGUGGGGAUUGUGUCAAAACUGCUACUGAACAAGCCGAUUCCGAGUGUGGUGAUUCAGUUUCUGGGCAGAUUUAUCUGCACAAGUGCUAUAUCAGCUACAGCUACUAUGCUAAUGGCGUCCCAACCUUAACUUCCUCAUCAGGGACUGUAGGGUCUAACCAUCACACAACACAGAAGACAGUGGCCAUUGUUGUGGGAGGUGUAGCAGCUGUGGGGUUUGUAUUUGUAUGCUUGAUGUUUAUCAAGUCUCUGUUAAAGAAGAAGCGUGGUGCCAAACAUGGAGACUACUACUGAUUUGGUUGCUGUCAAUGAAGAUAUGAUUUUUGUUUAGUAUAUUAUAGGGGAAAAGCUUGAGGGUUCAGUGAAGGUUAUCAAGGGCUUGAAAUGGGUUUUGAGUUUAGGGAUCAGCAAACACUAACUUUCUGUGGAAUUUGUUUAUUGAAUCAUGUUUGGCAGAUAAGGAUCUUAUGGAUUUUCAAAUUGUUUUCUUUCCCCUGCUGACAUACCUUUAGCUUUUGAUUUCAUUCUCCUUUUUGCAUGAAUGUUCAGUUGCUUUGCUUCAAUGAUUGUGAAAAAAAAAAAAAAAAGUUGGAAAAGGAGCUUGUUUCUUCAUCUUGUAUUUGGGUACCUUGGCUAUUAAGCCGUAAAUUAGGAUUUGCAAAGAAAACAUAGCUAACCCCACUUUAUUAGAACACAUUUGCAUUAUUUGGGAUUGGACCCCUCCUUGGUGAUUGAAAGAACAACCCAGGUGUGUUGGUAUUUUAUUUGUUCUUAGAAAAUUUAAGUGACAAUUGUCCAAGAAAAAAAGAAAGGAAAUUUAAGUGCUACAAUCCCUUUUUCUUUGUUUUCAACUAGCGCUUUAUUAGGCAUCAACCUAUUUUUCUUAGAAGGAAAAGUGAGGAUCAAUUCAUUCAUUAAGUGGCAGUGUGGCACCCUCCUAUUCCAUAUUUUGUUAAGCUUAAUUUUUAUGGACUGGUCAGACAAGACCACCGAAAGUGCUGUUGGUUUUAUCACUAGCAAGGAUCCAGGUGACCUCUCCUAGCUGCAUCUAAAAACUAGCUACCUUUAAUCCUUCUAGCUGUGUUUUAACUUUGUUCAUGUACUGGCGUUGGAAACC